AUGGGGCUCCCAGACACAGGAUUGGCCAGGAGGAAGUUUCCUGUGGGGAGAGGGGCCCAGCGCCUGAGGGAAGAAAAUGGGGGUACCUGGGGCAGUGGCCGAAGGCAGCUGCAGGGCAGUCACGCCCACCCCGGAGUUGAUCAGGUGCACGUUGGCAGGGCCUGCUGCGGCUGCCACCUUCACAGGGCUGCCUGGCCCGGCUGCCAACAGCUGCAGUGGCCCCACAGCUUGGGGCAGGGUCACCACCUGCGAGCCCCUCUAGUGCACCCCACAGUGUGGUCCCCAACACCGAUGGGAUUUGGGCAGGAGCUCGGAAUGGAGCCGCGGCCCCCGGGGCUUGAGCGGGAGGAGUCCGAGGACCUCGGCGUGCUGGCUCCAGCAGUGGGCACGGGGGAGGAGGACCGGCGGACGGCAUGUCCCCGGGAAAGCGGGACUUGCGCCUCCCAAGGCCCCUCACCUUUUGCAGGGCGCGCCGCCGCUGGCCCCGGUCCGAUCGCGCUGUCGCCGGUUCUUGAACCAGUUGCUGACCUGCGUGAGCGAGAGGCCGGUGAGCGUGGCCAGGCGGCGCUUCUCGUCCGGCGUCGGGUAGCGGUUGCCGCGGUAGCAGGCCUUGAGCGCGGCACGGGAGCGCUCCUUGAAGCAGUAGACUGUCUCCUCGCCGUCCCAGAUGGUCUUGGGCAGUGGGAACUUCUUGCGCAGUCGAUACUUGUCCACUGCGCCCAGAGCGCGGCCGCGGGCCCGCUCGGCCUCGUGGUAGCGCGCGCGCAGAGCUCGGCGUACUCGCCCCGCUGGAAGGCCACCAGGGCCCGUGCGCGCAGCACCGGGUCGCUGCCACGUAGGCGCUCGGCCGGGGGCAGUGCGCCCAGGAAGCGGCUCAAGCGGCCGGCGUGGCCCGCCUGGAGCAGCGCCUCGCAGACGCACGCCACCUGCUCCGGUGAGAAGCGGAGGCCCGUGGGCGGUUCGGCAGCGGCCUCGGGGGGCAACCCGGGGACGCCCGGGGAUCCCGGGCCCUCCGCUCCCGCCGCCGCUUCACCCGCCCCGGCCCCAGCCGCUGCCGCCGCCUCACCCUCGGCCGCCUGCAAAGUCUGCAGGAGCUGGCGCGCUUCCUCCUCCUCCUCUUCGGUAGCCGUGGCCGCCACCGCCUCCCCCCCGGCCGCCGGCCCCACGCUCGGCUCCGCAGGCAAGGGCCUCAGUUUCCACAUCGGGACAACGCAGAAGGUAAUGGGCCGUCCAGGAGGGCUAAGGGCGCGAAGCCUCCGCUCCGAGACUGCGCUUCUGCACGCCUCUGUCUCCAGGGUCCUCUGUAGGCCCCCACAUUCCCCAUCUCGGCCUGCGCUCCGCCCCUCGGAAUUCCCGGCUCCGCAGGGGGGGCGGGUCUGGCCGGGAGGAGGGGCGGGGAACGGGCCAGAAAGUUUGCAGCAACUUUUCUUGAGCUUGCGUCCCCAGAGCGGAUGCGCGUGGCGUACGCAGGCGCAGUGGAAGGAGGAUGGCCGCGCGCGCUACUCGCCCAGCCCCCUUCUUUUCGACGCUCGGAGCCACAGCUGGGCCACAGCUGGGCGUGGGCGGCGCCUCCGGGUGGCCCGCUCGCCCUCUCCUAUUGGCCGGACGCCAAAGCCCCGCCCCGUGGCUUUUCCUCCCCCACGGCUGAUUCGUCCGCUUCGCGUCCCGCUAGCUCCUCUCAAACCUUUGGCCGCGUCCACUCGCCUUCGGAUUGGCCAGCUGCGCAGCCUCCUGCCUACAACGCAACGCAAACCGUGGACGCAAGGCUUUUGGGCAAAUAGAGGGCCUUUUAUUCGCGAGGGUCGGGAGUGGGGUCCUAGGUGGGGAGAGACAAUAAAUACCGAGGAAUGUCGGGGUCUCAGUGCAUCCAAAACGUGGAUCGGGGUGUUGGGGGUCCUGCAGCCUGUCAGCGAGUCGAAGGACGAGGUUAAUAAAUAUCCAAACCACCAAGGCAGGUGGAGCCGGCUGGGGCUCCGAGAGCAGCGCACGUGAGAAGGGGGGCGCGGGAUCCCCCGAAAAAGCGGGGUGGGCAAAAGCAAA